GCGCUGAACAGCAAAGCGAAAGUACAGUUAUCUUAUCGGUGAUAUUCUGCUCCGUCUUACGGAGACGGAAACUUCCGUGAAACGGGACGCCACGAUUGAAGGAAAGUGUGUUAUUAUCUCAGCCAUGAUAAUCUUAAAUGGUGUAUAAAGGAUAAGCGAUAUACUGCUGCUAUGUUUUUAAAGGAUUGUAAACUGGGUAGGAUGGUGUAUAUUUGGAUGUUCAGUUUCAUAUUAACUGCAAAUAGUGCAUUGAGUGAUAGACUGAGUAGAAGAACGCGCGGUCCAACUUUUAUUCAUGAACCACCAGAGACAGUAGAAUUUUCAAAUUCCACAGGAGCUGUGAUUCCAUGUUCUGCACAAGGACAUCCAGAUCCCAUUGUAAGAUGGGAGAAAAGAGACGGUAGUCCUGUUUCAACUAUUCCUGGUGUCCGGCAAGUGAGACCGGAUAACUCUUUAGUAUUUUUUCCAAUCGACACGGAUAAAUAUCGGCAAGAUGUCCAUGCGGCAGUUUAUCGAUGUACAGCUACCAAUAGAGUUGGAACUCUUAGAAGUAGAGAUGUAUCUGUUAAAACUGUUUUGCAACAACCUUAUGAAGUCCAUGUGUCAGAUCAUUUUGUAAUAAGAGGAAGUACUGCUGUAUUAUUGUGUCAUAGUCCACCAGCCGUGAGAUCAUUCAUAAAAGUAAUGCUGUGGUUGCGAGAUGAUGGAGUCAGCAUUGGUUCACCAGGUACAAUAGGGGACAAAUAUAUCGUCUUACCAACUGGAGAGUUGCUCAUCAAAAAUGUAGCCCCAACGGACACAUUAGUCGGCUACCAGUGUCAAGUACAUCACAGGCUGAUAGGAGAAAGCAAACUCAGUGCAUCAGCUGGCAAACUCAUCAUUAGGGAACCUCAUGCCUCACUACCACCAACUAUAACUGAAUCUCGGCCCAUUAUCCACGCAAAAGAAUCAGAAAGAGUGUUUUUACCUUGCGUUGGACAAGGAUAUCCACAGCCAUCAUACAAAUGGGGAAGAAGAGAUGGGGAUAGGAUCAAUUCAUUUCAUCUAGCAGACAGAAUUUUGCAUAAAGACGGAGUUCUCAUCAUACAACAAGCUGCAAUUCAAGAUACGGGGGUUUAUACUUGUGAAUUAAAUAAUUCAGUUGGACAAGAUAAAGCUGAAACCAAACUUCUUGUAUCAUCUCCAUUAUCAGCUAAGAUUGAUCCUGAAUCCCAAACAGUUGAUGUUGGCAAGACAGCUACCCUCAGUUGCAGAGUAAUGGGUCACCCUGUCCAUUCUGUGGUAUGGUUGAGGAAUGGGAAUACAAUAGUAGCAAAUGGACCAAUAAAGCUGGUAUCCAGAGACAUAUUACAAAUUAAUCCAGUGCGGAGAGAGGAUGCAGCAGUAUAUCAAUGCUUUGUUAGUAAUGACCAAGAAGUUGUUCAAGGUUCAGCAGAACUCUUUGUCACGGAGGAUGCUCCAGUUUUCACUUUCGCCUUUUCGGAACAGGCAGUCUACCCUGGAUCAUCAGUGUCACUCAAGUGUUCUGCGUCCGGUAACCCUUUGCCACAAGUCACGUGGUUAGUGGAUGGCAUGCCUAUACCUGAAGCGUACCAUAUAAGAGUCGGUGAUUACGUUAGCGAUGAAAGGACAGUUAACAGCUAUGUCAACAUUUCGAGCAUCACGGUAGAGGAUGGAGGGUCAUAUCAGUGCCUUGCUCAAAAUGGAGUGAAACUCAUAGAACAUUCCAAAAGGCUAAAUGUGUACGGCCCUCCCUUUAUCAGGACAAUGAGGAAUUUAACUGCACUAGAUGGACAGAUAAUUACAGUUCACUGCCCAGUAUCUGGAUACCCCAUAUCUAAAGUUUAUUGGGAAAGAGAAGGUCGUCCACUUCCUCAUAACCACAGGCAGAAGACUUAUCCAAAUGGAACACUCGUUAUCGAAGAUUUGCAGCGAGCUCAUGAUAGUGGAAAGUACCAUUGUGUUGCUGAAAAUAAUAGGAGUAGGACAGCAAGGAGAGAAGUCUCCCUAAAUAUUAUGGCACCACCAGUAGUAGAACCAUUCUCAUUUCCACUCGCAUUAUCGGAAGGUAAACGAGCGACUGUUACCUGUGUUGUUUCAUCAGGCGAUCUUCCAAUUCGCAUUUCAUGGAUGAAAGACGACCAUCCCUUACCAGAUGAAUUACGAGGAUCAAUCAGCACCGUAAAUGAGUUUACAUCUACAUUGUCAUUCAGUAGCGUGUCUCAAAUACACAACGGAAACUAUACUUGUAUAGCUUCAAAUCCUGUCUCAUCACGGAACUUCACAGCACAUAUGAUCGUUAAAGUCCCUCCUAAAUGGAAAACAGAACCAUCUGAUAAAUCCGUAAUUAUGGGUCAGGCAGCCAUGUUUGAUUGCCAGGCUACUGGUUAUCCUGAUCCAGUUAUUCGUUGGAAAAAGUCAAUAGAGGGCUCUAAGAGUCAGUUUCAAGUGAUCAUUAGCAACGAAAAUGUUCAAAUCUUAGAGAAUGGCUCUCUGAUCAUCAAAGAGUCAACCAAAGAGGACAGCGGACAUUACAUGUGCCAAGCUACUAAUGACGUUGGUUCGGGACUUAGUACCGUCGUAUUCCUCAAAGUACAUGUGGCUGCUCACUUCAAAGAAAAAUUUAAAGCAUUAACAUUAACGAGAGGUCAAAGCGCUACUUUGGCGUGUAGAGCUAUGGGAGAGAAACCAUUAACUGUUACCUGGAGUAAAGACAGACUUCCUUUCAAUCCGUCCUUUGAACCUAGGUAUGCCUUAGAAGAGAAGAUUUAUAAUGAAGGAAUUGAGACUACAUUGAAAAUAUCUUCUGUGAAUAGGAAGGAUUCAUCUCUUUUUACGUGUAUAGCACAGAAUGCAUAUGGGAGGGAUGAUACGAAUUUUCAAAUCGUAGUUCAAGAACCACCAGACCGACCAUCAAGUGUAGAUGUCACCACAAAGGGUAGUCGCUCGGCAUCGAUCACGUGGUCUGCUCCUUACAGUGGGAACAGCGUGAUUGCGAAAUAUACUGUUGAACAUAAAUCUGCAAAUGAACCAUGGUCAUUAGCAAAGACGAGUAUAGUUGAUAGCACUGAAAGCAUACAUACCAUACAAGGCCUUAUACCCCAUAUGACAUAUCAUGUUAGAGUGAAAGCAGAAAAUGCCAUUGGAAGUGGAGACUUUAGUGAACCUAUAACUAUUGUUACUGAAGGCGAAGCUCCAAGCGGUCCACCAAGAGAUCUUCGCGCCGUUGCGACAAAUUCACGAACCAUACACGUAACCUGGAAGCCUCCAUUGAAGGAAGAUACCUUGUCCCCAAUCGAUGGAUAUUACGUUGGAUACAAAGGCAGAAAUAGUGACCAGUUUGCAUACAAAACAUUGGAAACAUCAAUCGGAACAGCGUUGGAAUGUGAAAUAACAGAUCUAUCAAAAAAUACAAAAUACCGGGUUAUAGUUCAAGCUUUCAAUAAUAAAGGCGCUGGACCACCUUCAGAGGAAACGCAAGUUCAGACUUUAGAGUUUGAUCCUCCGGCAGCUCCAAUGCUGGAAGUAAUCACAACAACAGCAUCAUCCAUCCAUUUAUCUUGGAAAAUUAAUGAAGGAAAUUCCAAUCCUAUUGCUGGUUACAUCCUGUAUCAAAAGUCUGAUUCUCAAGAUUGGGAAGAAGUGCAGCUUUCCGAAGAACGAAAUAAUUAUGUGUUCUAUGGUCUUCAAUGCGGAAUGCAAUAUCAGUUUUAUUUAAUAGCUUUCAAUGUUGCUGGAAGAGGACCACGAAGUGAAUAUGUGUCCGCUCAAACUGAAGGAACGGUUCCAGUAGCACCAAAGCGGGAUGCCCUCCUGACAAUCAACUCAACAUUCAUCAUGAUCCAUUUAACAAGCUUCAAUAGUGGAGGAUGCGCAAUCAAUUUCUUUGUCAUUCAGUACAAGCCAGUGAAUCAGCCAGAGUGGAUACUCUUGUCGAACAAUGUGUUACCCGAACAAAGAACAGUGACAGUUACCGACUUGACCCCAGCGAAUCAUUACUUGUUGUUGAUAACAGCCAAUAAUGACGCCGGUACAACUGAAGCAGAGUAUCAAUUUGCAACACUGACACUUUCAGGAGCUACUGUUCCACCUUUAACUGCUUCUUAUGAUUCUGAACGAGAGCUUUUUCAACAGUUAAAGAUUAUAAUACCUAUUGCAUGUACUACUGUGGUACUUGUUCUUAUCAUUACAGUAGCUUGUGUUGUUCUUAUUAGAAGGCGCCAUACAAUUCCUGAAGAAUCUCGGCAAGAGCAAGACAUGACUAAACCCGUAGACACUGUACCAAUGACAGUAUGGGAAAAGUCAGCUAGAGGAGAUACGCGGAUUUCACACAGCAGAGAGCAGCUAUACUUCCCUGCACCAUAUGCGACUUCAAGAAUAUCCAUGUACUCAGCAGAUGGUGACCCAGAUGCGCCACACCACCAACAGCAACAGCAGCGGCACCACGAGCAGAGUCACAACACAUGGAGGUCGGACGAGCGGGAGCACACGUACGACGUUCCCUUCCUGCACAGACAGAAUAUCAUCAUCAAUGAAGUGGCGGUCGGAUCAGAAGGAAGAGAAAUUGGGUACCAGAUAGGAAGACAUUUAUACCUUAAUCCAGGUAAAAUUCAGGUAUUUAAUAUAAAAUAUUCAAAAUAAUUGUUGAGCUAAAUAGAUGAAUGUGUUAAAGGAACGUUUG